AUGACGACGAGCAGCGAAGAUGUGCUGCUGCAAAUGGGCGAAGUGCGUUAUAAAAAAGGUGAUGGCACGCUCUAUGUAAUGAAUGAACGUCUGGCAUGGAUGGCAGAAAAUCGUGAUACAGUUGCGGUGUCACAUCGUUUUGCCGACAUUAAAAUGCAGAAAAUAUCGCCUGAAGGAAAACCAAAAGUGCAACUUCAAGUUGUAUUGCAUGAUGGUAACAGUUCCACAUUCCAUUUUGUAAAUCGAAAUGGGCUGCAAGCGGUGCUUGAAGACCGUGAUAAAGUGAAGGAGUUGCUGCAACAACUACUUCCAAACUUCAAGCGAAAAGUAGAUAAGGAAUUAGAAGAGAAAAACCGUAUACUUUCGGAAAAUCCUAAUUUGUUGCAACUCUAUAAGGAUUUAGUUAUAACACAAGUACUUACCAGUGAAGAGUUUUGGGCUACCCAUGCCAAGGAGCAUGCGAUGAAGAAAAAUAAUAAAAAACAAGACAUUGGUGUUUCCGGCGCCUUUCUUGCUGACAUAAAGCCACAAACUGAUGGUUGCAACGGGCUGAAAUACAAUUUAACCCCCGACAUAAUUCUGUGUAUAUUUAAGACGUAUCCCGCCGUGAAAAGAAAGCAUCAAGAAAAUGUUCCUUCUAAAAUGACAGAAGCAGAAUUUUGGACCAAAUUUUUCCAAUCACAUUACUUUCAUCGUGAUCGUAUUACAGCUGGUUCCAAAGAUAUUUUUACAGAAUGUGGAAAAAUUGAUGAUCAAACUUUAAAAGCUGCAGUCCAACAAGGAGCUGGCGAUCCUUUGCUGGAUUUGAAGCAGUUUGAAGAUGUACCAUUGGAAGAAGGUUUUUGCAGUGUAGCCGGCGAUCGUAACAUAUCAAAUAGUGGUAAUAUUGUCCAUCAAAAUAUGAUAAAAAGGUUUAACCAACAUUCAAUAAUGGUGCUGAAGACUUGUGCCGAUGUGUCUGGUAGUUCUACUUCCACAGCCAAUGGACCGGCAACUAAAACAAAAGACUCGAAAAGCACAGAAAACGCUACUGCUAAUGGAGGAGUUGAAAAAUCCAAAUCAUCAAAGGAGGGCAAAAUAAGUGAUACCGAWACUAAUUUAGCAAGCAACUCUACUGCCAACGGCGAACUUGGAAGCCCCGAGAAGCCGGCGAAACGUCAACGAAUUAUAGAAAAAAUUCAUUAUGAGGAUCUUGGUGAACCCAUAAUAGAAGCUGCCGAUGCAACUGAUAGCAGUAAAAAAUUAAAGAAAUCGCAACAAUUGUCACUAGCCAAAGAAGAGCGGUAUUUACACGGUCCCAUGCCAAUAACCGGCUAUGAUAUGCAUGAAGAUCCCCGUCGUAUGGAAGAAAUUCAAUAUCAUUUAAUGCGUGCCACAGAAACCUGGAACCAACGUACGCCGGCCAAAGUUUUGGUUAGUCCCACGGCAGCGGUGAAUGCACUGGGCGAGCUGAGUCCGGGUGGUGCGCUGAUGCGUGGCUUUCAUGAGCAAUCAGUUGGUCAGUUGGUGCCUCCGGAUUUCGAGAAGGAUUUACGUAAUUUAUAUUUGUCACUGUCAGAAUUGUUAAAACAUUUCUGGAACUGCUUCCCACCAACCACCCCAGAAGCCGAAGAAAGAGCUGUACGCAUGCAUGAUGCGCUUCAACGCUUUAAGAUGGCUAAAUUGGUGCCGUUCGAGAGUCGUGCAUUGCAUGAGCUCUCUCCAUUGGGUGCUUCCCUCACUCAGCAUUUGAAUCGACUACUGCAGUCGGCAAACACGAAAUUUGCAACUUGGCAAGAGCGAAAGAAGCGCCAAAAUAGGUAAUAACUCUUCGUGCUUACGCUGUGCCGGUUAUAAUUAUUCAAGAAAGGCAAAACUGAAAUUGAAACAUUACGUCAAAGAGGAACUCAAACGCACUCACUUCAUUUGGAAAUUUUUGAAAUUGAAACUGAUAUACAAACUCUGUGUGUUUUUUUUGUUUUUGUUCUACUGUAUAUAUUCAAUCAAAUUACAAGUCGCCGAUCAUCUGUUGAUUUACAGUUA